GUAUUUUAAUUUUGCUCAAUCAUGAAAGUUUUUUGAGCUCUAAGUAAUUCGAUUCUUGAAAUUUGCCCAGAAUGGUGGUGGGGUGAGAGUAGAGAUGACAAAAAAUGAACCACCUUCUGCUAAACGUUCACCAACUUUUUCUUUGAUUUUUAUUUUAGAUUUUUGUUGGGCUUGCUGCAGAACAAUUUACACCAGCUUCAACUAUAAAUAUACUUACUCUCUCAGCAAAUCCUCUGCCACAACCUCUGGAUGCCGCUGAUGGAGAACUCCGCUUGGGCAUUAUUAGCAUUACUAUGUUUAGCUGCAUUGGCCUUUCUAAUUCCCAUAAUAAACUUCAGACAGCAUCCAAAACGGAAGUUUCCACCAGGUCCAAAGCCAUGGCCUGUCAUCGGAAAUUUGCACCUGGUUGGUUCCCACCCACAUCGAUCCUUUCACGUUUUAUCCCAAAAGUAUGGUGAUAUUAUGCAACUAAAGUAUGGGAAGUUCCCUGUUGUAGUUGCAUCCUCCCCUGAGAUGGCCAAACAGUUCCUAAGGCUACACGAUAAGGUCUUUGCCUCCAGGCCUGCACUUGCUGCCGGUAAGUACACUAGCUUCGAUUACUCAGACGUGACAUGGGCUCCUUACGGUCCACACUGGCGACAAGCACGUAAAAUUUAUCUAUCUGAGGUGUUCAAUGCAAAAAAACUCGAAUCCUUUGAGUAUAUUCGAAUUGAGGAGAGGCGUAAUCUCCUCUCUCGUCUACACUCCCUAUCAGGAAAGCCGGUUGUGCUUAAAGACCAUUUAUCCCGUUAUUCUCUUUCCAUUAUAAGUAGGAUGGUUUUUGGCGACGGAUACAUUAGUGAAUCGGGACCUAAUAAGUCCAUAGUAACACUGGAUGAAUUGCAUGAGCUAUUGGAUGAGUGGUUUUUGCUUAAUGGGGUGUUCAAUUUCGGGGACUGGAUACCAUGGUUAAAUUUCCUUGAUCUACAGGGAUGUGUUAAGAAAAUGAAGGGUCUGUACCAGAAAUUGGACAGAUUUCUCAACUAUGUGAUUGAUGAUCAUCAAACUAGAAGGGCAAUAGGAAAAGACUCAAUCCAGGGAGACGCUGUAGACAUGUUAUUGCAGUUGGCUGAGGACGAUAAUCUUGAAAUCAAACUCACGAGGGAUCGUAUCAAGGGAUUGAUACAGGACCUACUAGGUGGUGGCGCAGAUACUGCAAGUACCACACUUGAAUGGGCUAUCCAUGAAAUUCUCAGAAAUCCUCGUGUAAUUGAAAAGGCAAAAGUAGAGCUUGACAGGGUUAUUGGAAGAAACAGAUGGGUAGAAGAGGAGGACACCUCAAAAUUGCCUUAUAUUGAUGGCAUUAUCAUGGAGUCCAUGAGGUUGCAUCCACUCGGAACACUUUUAAUCCCCCAUUACGCAAUGGAGGACUGCAAGGUUGCAGGAUAUGAUAUAUCAAAAGGAACAACCAUCUUGAUCAACACAUGGAGCAUGGGGAGAAACCCUAACAUAUGGGAUGCACCCGAAGAAUUCUUGCCAGAGAGGUUUUUAGACAAGGACUUUGAUGUCACUGGAGGUAACUUUUCCCUCUUGCCAUUUGGCUCUGGUCGCCGGAGAUGUCCUGGAUACAACCUCGGACUUAAGAUGGUUCGACCAACAUUGGCAAAUUUGCUGCAUGGAUUUAACUGGAAUUUGGUUGAUGGCAUGAGGCCUGAAGAUGUAUCCGUGGAGGAAUUCUACGGGCUCGCCACACAGCCUAAAAAGCCUGUUACCAUUAUUAUGAAUCCUGCACUUCCUGACCAUCUUUACUGAAUGAGUACGAGUAAAUGUGGAGCGGCUCUGAUACGGGUCCAGGGUCGGGCCCCCAACUUAUCGGGGCCAAUUGCCAUCCGUAACUACUGUUUAAUAAUAAUAUUAUACCUUCAAAUCUUAA